GUGGUAGCGCUGCUCCUUUCGGUUUCUGUUUACUAAAAAGGUUUUAUGCUGAGUUGUCACAGUGAUUUGUCAGCCAGGGUUUUUACGAAACAUUGCGAUCCAGCAAUACAGAGGACAUCGCGUUAUACUGCAUUAUCAACAAAAAUAGACUCGAUAAAUAAGAAGAAAGAAAGAAAGAACGAAAGAAAGAAAGAAAGAAAAAGAGAAAAGUCCGUCGUCUUGUCGCCCUGUGCCGACAUGUCUGCUGGUGAAAUGUGUGGUUUACUGGAGGAAAUACAGAUUUUUAAUCAGGAUGCCGCCUUUAUACUGGGACGGGCAGACAUCUGCACAGAUUCAGAAAUCCAGUCCUUGUCUGAAGAAGAUCUCUAUGAGCUGUUUCCUGGAGUUAAUCAACUUAAACUAAGAGUGACUAUCUCUGAAAUAAUACAAAAACGGGAGCCGAUAAAUGUGACCCUACAAGACCAGAAAUCAUUCGUCCCAGAUGGAGAUAUCUGGGAUGCUCUAUCCAGCAGUAAGACCUUGGCAGACCACCUCCCCAUCUUGAAAGCCUGGAAGGAUAAAAUGGAAAAGUUGCAACGUUUCCUUGAUGCUCAUGUUAAUCUGGUGGAGAACCUCACCCACACUCAACCAGGCCAGAAAGCUGACAGAGAUGUUCAUCCUGGCAGUAAGACCUUGGUUGACCACCUCCCCAUCUUGAAGGCCUGGAAGGAUGAAGUGGAAAAGUGGCCAAGUUUCAAUGAAGCCUAUAUUAAAGUGGUGGAGAAUACCAUCAAAGCUCAGCCAGACCAGCAGCCUGACGGAGAUGAAAUGUGUGCUUUGCUGAAGAAGAUACACAAAAUUGACCCUGAAGCUGUUCACGUACUGAGAGAAGCAGAAAUCUGCACUGAUUCAGAGAUCCAGUCACUGUCUCGACAAGAUCUGCAUGAGAUGUUUCCUGGAGUAGAGAAACUCUACCUGAGAAGGACCAUCUUUAAAAUAAUACACACAGAGAAACCAACUUUUGUGUCCCCAAAAGAACCUAAACCAUUCCUUCCAGAUGGAAAUCCCAGGGAUGCUCAUUCCUGCAGUAAGACCUUGGCUGACCACCUCCCCACCCAGAAGGCAUGUGAAGUGGAAAAGUUGCUGAGUUUCCUUGAAGAUCAGAUUAAAGUGGUGGAGAAUACCAUCAAAUGUCAGCCAGACCAGAAACCUGACAGAGGCAUUUUGCCAGGUACAAGCAACUCAUUUCCAUGUGCUCAAAUGGAGAUGGAGACCAACACUUCAGCUUAUAUCCAACCAAACAGAGCACAAGGAGUAGAUAAAGAAAACAAGAGCCAGAGUAACAAAGGAGGUGAAGCGAGCAACAGACAGAUGGAGCAACAAUCAAGCUCUGGAGGUUUUUUGUCAAGGCUAUUAUCAUUAGGUAGCAGUGCAGUGUCUUCACAGGAAGAACGUGAGUAUAAAAGGUUGAAGGAUAACAAAGCCAGUGUUGGACUGGAGCCAGCAAGAAAAAGAUUCUCUGGUCUACAUACCACACAAGAAAUACUGAAGUACAAGAUGGUGGUCAGCGGUGAAACAUUUAAUGCCCAUCAUCAGCUGCUGGGAGAAAUUAAAAGCUCCAUUCAAGAGUUUAAAAUUGUUGAAGCGGACGUGAGCCAAAACAGUGAGGAUUACCAGAUCAUCAUUGUCUUCUGUCCUGUUGUUUCUCGUAUCGGAACAGACGUUAAUGAAGCAAUGAAGGAAGUUCCCGGUAACAAACCCGUCAUUCUGGUCUUGAUGCACCACGCUUAUGAAGCCAGACAUGUAGCCUCAAUUAAAGCCCCGGAUAAAAACAUUGUGUUGUAUGUCGAUGUUUUCUACCAUGAGACAGUUAAAGGAUUAAUAAGUUGCAACCAAAAUAAAAAUGCUGUGUUUGAGAUGAGAAACAAAAUUAUUGAAAUGCGAAAAAGGAAGUAGCCGUAUUGCUUCUAGUGCUGCUGGGUGUUUCAGCACUGGAUCCCAAGAUGAAAACUGAAGUAGUGGUCUUUAUUCUAUUAUUGCUUAAACUUUGUCAGUCGUUGUGCUGAUGAUUGUAAUGAUGGCAUUAUGUCAGUAAAUAGAAAAUACUGUUAUGCAUUGUUCCAAAAGCAUCAUUGAGACAAGAUUCAAUGCAAAACAGAAAAUGCUUUUUUUUUUUUUUUUUAUUUCAAUGUGCUUGGUGUUUCCAGACACCAUUGAUGACUCGAGUAGCAAGAGUGUAUUUUAUGGUUUAUGGACAUUAUUAAAUUAAAGCACAAGUAAAUGAUCGCAUGUUUACUCAUUGGUGUUUCAGUUGACAUUAACCUGUCAUGUACUGCUAAAAAUUUGCAACUGAGUCACUGUGUUUUUGUUUUUUUGUUUUUUUUUUUUUACAUGUUGAAUAAUGUUAACCAUUGCUUGGUGGGUUUGAUUGCAAUGCCGCAUUCCAAUUAAAAAUGUUUUAUGAAAAAAUGUACAAAUUAGGCUGAUAUGUUUUAUUUUUCAUUUAAAAAGGAAGAAAGAAAACAUGCUUUCCAACAGUGUUAGAUUUAUUGCCAAGAAGCAUUGUGAUGAGAAAGAAAUACUCCACCACCACAAAUUUACUUACUUUUUGUGCAAAGUUUAUAUAUGUGCAAAUUCCUACAUAAUAUUCAGAAUUAGAAACAUUUUAUUAAUCCCAGAGGUACAUUGCUGCAUUACAGUGCUCCUUAAAACAGUUGCAUAUAAUGAAAUACAAAAAGAAAAAAAUAAAUAAAA